CGUUUCCGGUGGCCGGACAUAAUAAAUGGUAACACCGUCGUGAGAGUCGGAGGAAUUUUUUCUUUUUUUCCCCCUGCUCAGUCGAGAAACGACGGGAAGUACAGUACAAUGUAUGGUUGGGUUCUCAAACUUGUGGAGGACAAGCUAACCGUCUGACAGCCAAUGAGGACUGUUGCGGUCCUGGGAGGGGGCAUCGGGGGAUUGGCAGCAUCUUACUAUCUUUGCAAAAGCCCCCAGGUUGCUAAGGUCAUUUUACUGGAGUCCAGCAAUCGUUUUGGAGGUUGGCUGUGGUCCACCAGGAGGUCUGAUGGAGGGGUAUUUGAACAUGGGCCCAGAGGGAUUCGACCUGCUGGGGCAGUGGGGCGAAAUACCCUUAAUAUGGUGGAGGACCUUGGUCUUUCAGGAGAGAUACUGCCCGUCACCUACAGUCAUGAUGCAUCUAAGAACAGAUAUUUGUAUGUCAACAAACAACUUCAUAAGAUGCCUUCAGGAAUAAGUGGACUUCUCCGAACAGUGCCUCCUUUCUCACGCCCCCUGCUGUUCAGCAUCGCCACUGAGAUAUUUGUCAAGAAAAGCAAAGAGGAGGACGAAUCCAUCCAUUCGUUUGUGUCUCGAAGGCUUGGAAAAGAGCUUGCAGACAUUGCCGUGGACAGUCUGUGUCGGGGGGUGUUUGCAGGGGAUUGCCGCAAGUUGAGUGUGCGGUCCUGUUUUCCCGUUCUCUACAAUGCAGAACAGCGCAGAGGUUCCCUGACGCUCGGCAUGCUGCUGGGCUCUGGCCCUUCCCAAGUGGUUCCUCCUGGUCCCCUGAGCCAAAGAUCUGUUAAAGAGUCGUGGGCCCAGUGGUCCCUCAGAAGGGGGUUGGAGGAACUCCCAGAGUCCAUCACUGACUUUCUUCAAAGGAGCAGGAGGGUGCAGCUACACAGAGAGACACCUAUAAAAUGCAUCAGUUAUUCAGCUUCAGGUUGGACGAUCCAUUUGGAGGAUGGAACCAUAACAGCUGACCACAUCAUCUCUGCUUUGCCCGCUAAAGUACUCUCCUCUGUCCUGCCGUCCUCCUGUCAGCCGCUCAUCCAGAAGCUGCAGGACAUCUCCUGUGUCACUGUCGCUGUCGUAAAUCUGCAGUAUGAGGGCUCUGUACUUCCUGUGACAGGAUUUGGACACUUGGUUCCAUCAUCAGAGGAUCAAGGUUUACUGGGUGUGGUCUACGACUCUGUCCCCUUCCCUCAACACAACAGAUCUGAAGGACUCACAACGAGACUGACGGUGAUGAUGGGAGGCGCCUGGUUCCAAGAAGUCUUUGGCUCCCCAGAUGCAGUAACAGAGGAGCAGCUUUUAGAGCGAGCCACAGAGGCAGUGCGACUUCACCUGGGAGUCACCUCGGCGCCCAGCUGGAGUUGGGUUGCUCUGCAUAAGGAUUGUAUACCUCAGUAUUAUGAGGGGCACUUCCGUAGAGUUGAGAGCAUGCGCAGCUUCAUAAAGAACAACAGCCUUCCACUUUCACUGACCGGCUCUUCCUAUGAUGGCGUGGCCGUCAAUGAUGUCAUCUAUAGUGCAAGGACAGCUGUAGAAGAAUUAUUGGGAAAUGGAAUUUAAUGGUGAGGCAACAACUUGACCUUGUAAUAUAUUUCUUAACUGUACAACAGUGUUGGGAAGGGUAUUUUAUAUUUUAUAAGAGUAUUUUGUCAUAUCUGGAGAUUAUACACAAAUUAAUUUACAAUGCAUCUCUGAAGACCUCCCAAUCUUGGAUGCAGGUGAACAGGCGCUUUGGGAGUGAGUAGCGGCUCAUUUGCAUGAGAAAGCUGCUUUCAAACAGGUGUAAAGGAAGUGAAAAGUGCGCUGCAAUUCUUGAGCCUUGCGGUAGAUUCAUCAAAGCGUGUAACAGAUGUGAUUAGACACCUGGGAGCUCUUGUGAUGGGGUGCAAAAAUUACGUCUCCUUUUUGAGCAUCUUCAAGGUUGCGACUUUCUCAAGAAAAUGAGUUAAGUGAAGCAAAGUCAUCACUUCUGAAGAGAAGUGGACGAAUACUGCAUUUUCUGACCUCAGCUUUGAAUAAAGUUAUGAAUGUACAACUUGGAUUAGAUUGUGUGCUGA